ACUGUCACUUUUGACAUUUCACUGAAGUCAACGCUGUUUACAAUUGUUUGCUGUAAUAAACAAUUUUCCGGCAUAUUAUCAUUUGCUAAAGUUGAUUGAAUAAAAUUUUGACUAUUCAUAAACAUAAAAGUAAUAUCACAAAUAACAAAAUGUUUUACCAUAUCUCACUUGAGCAUGAAAUUCUUUUGCAUCCGCGCUAUUUUGGCCCUCAAUUGUUGGAGACUGUAAAGCAAAAACUGUACACAGAAGUUGAAGGUACCUGUACGGGAAAGUAUGGUUUUGUGAUAGCUGUUACCACAAUCGAUCAAAUUGGUUCCGGUGUUAUACAGCCCGGUCAGGGUUUUGUCGUUUAUCCUGUCAAAUAUAAGGCAAUAGUCUUUCGGCCGUUCAAAGGAGAAGUACUGGAUGCAGUUGUAAAACAAAUAAACAAAGUUGGCAUGUUCGCGGAAAUUGGACCACUCUCUUGUUUCAUUUCACACCAUUCCAUUCCAGCUGAUAUGCAAUUUUGUCCGAAUGGCAAUCCGCCGUGCUACAAAUCGAAAGACGAAGAUGUGGUUAUUUCCGGUGAAGAUAAAAUACGUUUAAAGAUUGUUGGUACACGUGUGGAUGCUACUGGCAUUUUCGCAAUCGGUACACUUAUGGACGAUUAUUUAGGUUUAGUGUGCAGUUAAUUUGUUGCGUGUAAGAAUCAAGUCAUACGUAUUUUACGAAUCUGUUUAACUUGUCAAUAAUUAGUAAGCAAAUAUGCAUUUGUAUGGACAAAAUGUAACUUUAAUUGAAUUUAAACAAAAUAUGCUGUUUAAAUACAUAUUUAUAUUUUAAUAUUGCAA